AUGGCUACUGAGGGGGAUGUGGAGCUGGAGUUGGAGACCGAGACCAGCGGCCCGGAGCGGCCUCCCAAGAAGCCACGGAAGCAUGACCGCGGUGCGGCGGACCUGGAGAGAGUCACUGACUACGUGGAGGAGAAGGAGAUCCAGAGUUCCAACCUGGAGAUGGCGAUGUCCAUGAUUGGAGACAGACGGUCCCGGGAGCAGAAAGCCAAACAGGAGCGGGAGAAGGAACUGGCCAAAGUCACCAUUAAGAAGGAAGAUCUGGAGCUGAUAAUGACAGAGAUGGAGAUCUCAAGAGCAGUAGCAGAACGGAGCUUGAGGGAACACAUGGGCAACGUGGUAGAGGCUCUUAUUGCCCUAACCAACUGAUUUGGGCUUUCUCAGACACACUCACUGGAUUAUUUUAUUUCAAUAAAGAUGUAGCCUUUUUUUUUUUUGCAGUUA